AUGUCACCCCUCACCCCAAUGCAAAUAGCUUCAUACCAUGAAGAUGGCUACCUCCUCCUACGCGCCAACGAACAUAAGCUCGUUGACCCGGUAUCACUGAAGCGUUGGACAGAGGAAGUGCAAGCCUGGCCUCGUGUCAAAGGCAAAUGGAUGCCUUAUGACGAGAUUAACAUCAAUGGCGAGCGCCAACUGAUGCGCACAGAACGGUUCAUCGACUACCAUCCUGAGUUCAAAUCCCUGGUCUGUGGUGAGCAACUAGCCGAGAUUCUGAAAGCACUAUCCGGCGAUGAUAUGCUUCUUUUCAAGGAUAAGAUCAACUACAAGCAGCCUCAUGGGAACGGCUUCCAAGCUCACCUGGAUGCGCCAGCCUACGACCACAUCGGCCGCAUUGAGCACAUGACUGCAAACCUAGCGAUUGACGCUGCAACCCCCGAGAAUGGGUGUUUAGAAGUUGUUCGCGGGUCACACAAGAUGGAGAUUGAGUUUGCCGAUGGAGGUCGCAUCACACCUGAAUGGGAGCAGGCGCACGAAUGGAUUUCUAUUCCACUCGAGAUGGGUGAUAUGCUGGUUUUUGGGUCGCAUCUUGCUCACCGAUCGGCGGAAAACAGGACUGAGAAAAGUCGAUCGAGUCUUUAUGCUACCUUCCACUCUAAGAGUGACGGCGAGAAUCUGAGGGAGAAGUAUUACAAACAUCGCAUGCAGAUGUUCCCACCUGAGCAUGAGCGAGAAGAAGGAAAGGAUUAUUCGCAAGGCUACAAAACAUAUGGGUUUGCGGCUCCCUUUACCACGAUCCAGGACAAUACCGUUGCAACAUCCAUUGUCAAUAUGUAG